UUCCUCGCUUGAGAAUUGGCGAUUGCUUUGGUCUAGCGAAAAUGGCGGAGCACAUUUAGCGGUCGAGUGUUUUUCCUGCUUUCUUCGUCUUUUCUGUGUUUCGGGGCGCCUGAAUUCCAGAAUUUUUAAAUUAUCACCUCAGGCAUGCUGUCAAAUGUAGCUCUCAGGACCGUUUUAAGGUCUUCUGUUGGAGUUUUAAGGGAAAGCGCCAGGACGCCACCGACGUGCUGCUCGGCUUUCGUGUCCGGUCACAAUGUCAAUAACGCGCCGAGAACGUUCGCGUUUCCAGCACAAAUCCGCCGUUAUGCUCGCACUACAAAGGAAAAAGUCGCAGCUCCUGAGAGCCAACUCAGUGACCUCCCUCCAUCCAUGCUGAAGAUGGAUUACACCGCCGUACCCCUAGCCCAAACGACUGACGAUAUUGUCAAAAGACUACUCUCGUUGGAGAUGGCGAGUCAUAGUGAAAAACUGGAGCUAAAAACGGAACAGCUGAUUGCCAAAGUGCAGCGAGAUGAGAGUGACCGCACCUCAGUAGAAGUUAAAAUCGCCAUUUUGACAGCGAGGAUCCGCAACUAUCAGGAACACGUAUUCAAACAUCACAAGGAUAAGGCCAACAAGAGGCGAAUGCUCAUGGCCAUCGACAAAAGGAAGAAAUUGCUGAAGAACCUGCGGCUGGAGCGAUAUGACGCUUUUGAGAAGGUGUGCGAGCAGUUGGGCAUCACCUACACCUUCCCGCCAGAGUAUUACAGGAGGGCCACGAAACGAUGGAUCGCUAAGAAGGCCUUCUGUAUCAAGGUCUUUAACGAGGUGAAGAAGCAGAAAGCAGAGCAGAAACUUAAAGAAGCAGCCAAGACGCAAACUGCGAACCAGUAGAUGCCAUCUACUUGUCUCUUUUCACACAACUGGUAAAAAAAAAAAAAAAACAUUUUCUGUACGUGUCAUUUACUUAAAUAUAAUAAAAUAAGUAACCUGGAUGACAUCUGUG